AUGCCAGAGUACAGAUCGGAACCCGGUGUGUCUCUGACGUACAUCAAUAAGAAUUUUCUACGAAAAUCUGAUGUGCCUGAAUUAGGGAACGUCAUGCAAGACUUAAGAGCCAAGUAUUCUCAGCUAUUAGAUAAUACACAAAAAUUACUGCGAGAAUUGGAUAAAAAAUAUAUAACUAUUUGGGCUGAAGAAAAGGGUGGUCUUGUGAGAGGUAAAUACGAAUACUCGUUUGGUGAUGGUGUAACAGGAAAAAAAGCUGGUUAUACCGUGCUAGCACCAACUAAAGUUUUGAAAAUUGGUAUGUCGGUUACAACACCAGAAUCCUCUCCUGAAGAGGCUGGUGUAGUCCUCGUGGUGAAUGGCCGUAAAACUCGAUGUAAAAUUUUAAAGGCACAAGGAGAAUUUAAUCACGUUUCAGAUGUGGAAGGAAUCAGAUUAAAUUGUCGAUCAGGAGAUCACGUUAUAACGAAAGGACACAGCAGAAUCGAAUUGGCCAUACAAACACGGCACUUAACGGGGAUACCGCUAUGGAAGAAUUCUAAUACUAUGCAAAUGACACACAGAUACACACGGCUACGGAGUAAAGCUGAAGAUGAGGAGGAGGGGCAUGAGGACCGGAAAGGACAACAGAUUGAACCGGAAAUGACAUCAGCAAAUUUAAAUCACAUUCACUCAGUUCACGACUUAUUGGCAGGCAGAGAAAGAUUUUCAAAUCUUUCCAUCAACACGAUGGACAGCAACAAGAAGAAAACUAUUCGCUCACGACUCAUUUUCGGCGCAGUGCUUGUGGGCGUGGUCGGUCUGGCAGUUGGUUUUGGGAUUGGAUAUGCUGCUAGGGGAUCGAGCCCAGAGCAGGCCCAUGUCAACGGCGACAGUUCAACACAGGAAACACAAACCCAAAAUGCAGUCAAUAUGCUGUUAACCAGUUUAAACAGUGCGAAUAUCAAAGCGAAUCUCAGGUUAUAUACCAGUCGACCGCGCAUGUCCGGAACAGCCGGAGGUGACGAAAUAGUUGAUAUCAUAGCCAAAGAAUGGCGGGAUAGCGGAUUGGACAUGGUUCGGGUAACGCCGUAUGACGUGCUGAUGUCCUACCCAAAUCGGACAAACCCUAAUACGGUGCAGUUGCUCACACAGACCGACGAAGUCCUAUUUGAGGCGGCUACAUUUGAAGCAGCACUGGACGCUGAGGGUAAUAAUUCGGAAGUUGUUCCACCAUUUAACGCGUUCGCCGUAGCUGGAGUGGCAGAGGGAGAUCUGGUAUACGUGAAUUAUGGCCGUAUUGAGGACUUUGUCUACCUUCGAGAUAACAAAUCUCUCUCUGUGGAAGGCAAGAUUGUUAUCGCCAGAUAUGGAAAAAUCUUCCGUGGGGAUAAGGUGAAAAUAGCGCAACAGUUUAAUGCGACUGGUAUAAUAAUGUAUACUGACCCAGCUGACUUUAACAUGGGUAAUACAACAUAUCCUGAUAGCUGGUGGCUCCCUGGGACGGGGGUCCAAAGGGGAACUACCGGACCCGACGGGGACAUGCUGACCAUGUUCUAUCCAGCUAAAGAUUAUACCUACCGUAUUCCCAAAAGUGAGAGCUGGAUUGGGAAUUCUAAAAUUCCUGCACAACCAAUAGGAUAUGGAGACGCUCAGCAAUUUUUGGGCGGCAUGAAAGGAGAGGAGGUUCCCAUGGCAUGGAGAGGUAAACUUCCAAUAACAUAUAGGUUCGGACCUGGAUUUAGAAACAGUUCCGUAAAGGCCCGUCUCACAGUUAAUAAUUAUGAAGAGGUAAAGACAGUGAGGAAUGUGAUUGGAUACAUUCGUGGGGAGAUCGAACCAGAUCGUUAUGUGAUGCUAGGGAACCACCACGAUUCCUGGGUGUUCGGGGCAAUAGACCCACUCUCAGGAUCGGCUGCUCUCACGGAAAUCAUUCGUGUACUGGGAAACAUGCUGAAACAAGGAUUAAGACCCCGCAGAACCAUAGUGUUUGGGUCCUGGGGAGCGGAGGAGCACGGUCUGAUAGGUUCUACAGAAUGGGUAGAGGAGUACAUGAAGGUGCUUUACGAGCGUACCAUUGCGUACCUUAACGUGGAUUACGCCUGUGACUAUCCUUAUACUCUUGUGGCAGGUGCCAGUCCUCUACUGCAGGAUUCACUGUACCUGUCGGCCAAACAAGUACCGAAUCCCGAAAAGAACAGUCAGUUUAAGACAUUGUACGAUGCGUGGGUCGAUCGAUUACCCAACACAGCCGGUACAGAACCAAGUGUUUACUAUAGUCUAGGAUCUGGGAGCGAUAUGGCGACAUUCUACCAACGGGCAGGCGUCCCUAGUGUCGACAUGUGGUUCACCUAUGACGAUGACAGAUGGGACAUUCUAUCUUAUCCGACUUACCACUCCGCAUACGAAACGUUUGAGAUGUUCACUAAAUUUAUUGAUCCCAAUUUCAACUACACAUUAGCUAUGUCACAAAUGUGGGCUAUCAUGGCAUGGGACCUUUCUAAUGUCGAAAAGCUGCCGUUUGAUGCUACACGGUAUGCUACAGCAAUACAGAAUUUCGUCGACAGUCUGAAAAAAGAUUUUGGCUCUGUAUGGCAAGAACAAGAUGUCAAUAUAGAAGCCCUACAGUCUGCUGUGAAUAACCUGACUGCAAGCACCAAUGCAUUUAAAAUCAAGAUAGACUCUCUUCCUAAAGAUGCAAGUCCAUUGACUAUCAGAAUGCUGAAUGAUAAAAUGAUCCAAUUCGAGCGAGCAUUCAUAGACCCAGAGGGACUUCCGGACAGAAGAAUAUACAAACAUGUGAUGUUUGCUCCUAGCCUAUAUGAUAGUUACUCCGACAACAGUUUUCCAGGAGUGGUUGAUACUAUGCAUGACAUCCAGAUAAACAAAAGGGCGGAUAAGUGGAAUUUGUUAAAACAGCAAGUUUCUGUUGCAACGUACACAAUACAAUCGGCGGCAAAUACACUUGAUGAUGUAGGGUUAUAACAUAAGGGUUUUUUACUGUUUAUUUUUUAAUCAA